GCAUUUGUCUGAUUGGUUCACGUAUUCCGUCCAGAUGGACUACGGAAAUGCACGUGCCGGUUUCUAGUUGUUUCUUUUUGGAUGGUGCAGGCGUUAAACUCCGCAUGUUAACAACUUCAAUAAAACGGGCAAAUCCAGGAUGAGUUAAUUUAAUAACCGAAUAUCGUUAAAGUCUGGGAAUGGAUUUUGGUAUCGGCUGGUAUCCUGGCAAUGGAUGACCUAUGAUUGUUUAUCAUAUUAUUUUUCAUAAUUCAUCUGCACGCAUAUUGCAAUUUCUUUGUCCAAGAUAAUGAUAACCAGACGUAUUAUACAAAAGAAGUGGCGACUUGGACUGUCAAUCGCCCUCUGGCUCGUCAGUCUUCAUCUCAUAUGUGCCCACAGUGUGAAGUCACCAACAGCCCUGUCUAUCAAAGAAGGCUCUGAUGAUCAUAGCCAGGGUGAAGAGACACUGCUAGAGGAUGAGGAUUCUGAAGAUCUGGAGGUGUUUAGACCUACAGACAAGUGGCAAACUCUAAAACCAGGUCAAGCAAUUCCAGCAGGCUCUCAUGUCCGAUUGAAUAUUCAGACGGGCCAAAGAGAGGUCAAGUUGGGAGAGGAGGAAGGUCUCAAAUACCGGAGAGAUGGAAAUAGGCAAGGGAUGAACACACACAACCCCUCAUUCACAGCUGAGGAGUUGAAAGAGGCUUUGAAAAAGUAUAAAGAAGGAAUGGAUGAUCCUGUGGACACAACACAAGACGAAGAUGCAGUGAGGGCCCAAUUUCGCCCCAUCGAAGAGCUGAAAAAAGACAUGGAGGCACUUGACAUGCUAAUGGAAACAGAUGUUCAAGUUAUGAUGAGGCUUUUAAACCAGUUAAAUAAUACUAACAGCUCAACCGAGGAGAAAGUCACAGCUCUUCUUGACUUGGAGUACCUUGUGCAUCAGGUAGAUAAUGGCCAGAAUUUGGUGUCCAUGGGAGGAAUGCAACUGGUUAUAAAUGCUUUAAACAGUACAGACAUUCAUCUCCAGAAGAGUGCUGCGUUUGUUCUUGGAUCUGCUGUUUCAAGGUAAGUGGUAUUUUCUUCAUCAAAACCACUGCUU